AUGGCCUCUUCGGACCAACAUCAUCGGAGGUUAGCCUUCCAGGAAGCCAUGGAACUGCUCCCACUUUCUACGGCGGACGGUGGCCGGAGGUUCAUGUCACGAAGAGGUGCUUGGCUUCCGGGGCUAGACCUCGAAGAGCUGAGAAGCUCAUUCGGAUCGGGUCAGUUCCGAGCCCACGAUGCCGCCUUUGGUGGACAUGUAUAUUCGCAGUCCGUCUUGGCUGUAUGCAAGACGGUAGGGGAAGAAGAUGGGGGAAAGGAAAACGGUGCCUCUCCCGGCCUUCAUACAAUUCAUGGCUACUUUACCAGCAAGGGGAAGCAUGACCGGCCCUUUGUCUACAAUGUAACCGUCAUGACUCGGGGCCGAUCGUUCGUCACAGCUCGCGUCGAUGCCCGGCAGCCACUGCAGCCAAGCGCCGUCCUGUUCGGUAAGCCUUUCCCUCUAGCGGAUGCGAAUAUGCCCCUCGGCCCGGUCUGCUUUAUGGCUGUCGUGUCUUUCGUCCAGCCGCAACCGCACAGCCUCGGCCAGGACCGACAAGAGCCGCCGGUGCAGAAACGGUUUGCCUCGAUACUGGAGACACGCUUGCCAUCCCGCUGGGAUCCAAGCCCACCCGUGGACAUGAACGUCAUCCUGGCCGUGAUGGGGCGCCGCGACAUAGUCGGCACAUUUCCCAUUGCCGACAUGAAAAAGGUUGAGAUGGGGCCGUACAACGAAGGCCGGCCUCUGCAUGAGCAGCGCGAGUUGAUCCUUUAUCGGCUGUUGGCACCACUGCCUCACGAGACAGCUGUCGAGGCAGACAGCCACGUUCUUGUGCACGCAUAUACCGCGGACCGCAAUGGACUGCUGAUGGCGGCAAACAAUCUCAACUUUGCUCUGAACGAGAAGGUGGCUAGCCUUAGCAACACCUUCGUUGUACACACCAAUGUUGAAUCUGCCGUGAUGGCGUAUCAUGACGGUCACGGUGCCGGUGAUGAUCUGGGCCACUGGUGGGUGCAAGAGGUGUGCUUCCCGAGGGCAGCUGCCGGGCGAGCCAUUGUGAUGAAUAAGAUCUGGAGUCCCUCUGGAGUUCACGUGGCGACAGAGUACCAGGACGGGAUCUGUACGGCGCACGAAGAGGCAGGACUGAACGCAAGCUGGAAGCUUUAA